AUGUAAAUUUAAAUAUUUUUAUGUUAAUAUAUUUAAAAUUUAGAUAAUAAUUGUUAAUAUAUAUUUAUUUUAUUUUAUUAAUAUUUUUUUAAAUAACUGAAUUUUCAUUUUUUUACAAUUUAUUUUAUAUAUAUAUAUAUUUAUUUAUAUAUAAAUACAUUUUAUAUUAAUAAUAAUUAUAUAUAUAUAAAAAUAAAUAAAAUAUUAAUAUUGUUAAUAUAUUUAUUUUAAUUAAUUACUUUUUAAAAAAAAUAAAAUAAAGUAACAAUAAUUUUUUUAUAACAAACUAACAUUAAUAUUUAAUAGCUCUUUACAAAUGUCAAUUAAAGAUUUCUUGAUAUUACAGAAAUUAGGUUUUGCUUACAUUUAUUAAAUUAAAAUAUAUUACUUUAGAAAUAUUUUUAAAUUCCAAUAUUUAUAAACUUAUUAAAAAUUAAAAAAUUAAUUAUAACUAUAGGUGAAGGAGCAUAUAGUAUAGUUUAUAAAGUUAAAAGGUUAAGUGAUUAAGAAGAAUAUGCAUUAAAAAAAGUAAAGCUCUAAAAUCUAAGUGAUAAAGAAAAAGAAAACGCUUUAAAUGAAGUUCGUAUUUUAGCUUCUAUAAGAUCAAAUAAUAUAGUAGGUUAUAAAGAAGCUUUUUUAGACCCUUCAUCAAAUUCAUUAUGUAUAAUAAUGGAAUAUUUAAAUAACGGCGAUUUAUAUUAAAAAAUAUCUGAACAUUAAAAAAAAGGACAAUAUUUUUAAGAAAAUGAAAUAUGGAAUAUAUUAAUAUAAAUGAUAAAAGGCUUAAAAGCACUUCAUGAUUUAAAAAUCUUCCAUAGAGAUUUAAAA